CAUCAUUACUCAGAGAAAAAAAAAAAACGUUGCUCCUCACGGUCGACAAGACAGAAUUUCAGCCAUUGACUUGUCAAAAAAUCAAUACCAGCAGUAUAAAAUCGAAACAUGGCUUAAUCUUUGUUCCAUAUUAAUGUCCCUACCUCGUAGAAUGCGAUGCCAAAAGUUUAACCGCCCAUGGUUUAGCCAUUUUAGUUUCAACUUUUGGAAGGUGACACAGAUUGUCCAUUGCGUUGCCAUUCACGCAUAGUUCACAUCCCCCUCUCUACCUAAUAAUUCACGUUCAGCCACAAAAAAUUUCUACUACUCUCUCUGAGACUUCACCGACGGCUUAAAAAUUAGGAAGAGCAGAAGGGAAAAGGGUGAGAAGUAGAUAGCUUGGAAGUGAAAGAAAUGGAGAGCGGAGAAAUGAACAACUUCUUGAAGGUUUGGCUCUCCGUUAUAAUUUCUCUAUUCUACUGCUACUUUAUAGGUAAGAUAAUCCCUAAAGGAAUUGCGCGGCUUCUUUGUUUGGUACCAAUUGUUUGCCUAUUUGUCUUAGUUCCGCUCAAUCUCUCCUCCAUACAUCUAGGAGGUACCACCGCUUUCUUCAUCGCUUGGCUUGCUAAUUUCAAGCUCUUGCUUUUCGCCUUCGGUAAAGGCCCUUUAUCAUCCCCAUCACUCUCUUUAGCUCAUUUUCUGGCAAUUGCUUGUUUGCCCAUCAAAAUCCAACAAAACUCAUCUCCUAAAUCUCAUCUAAAUGGCCAUAACAAAGAAAUCCCUGGUCCGACCAAGCCUAAAAAAGGCCAUCAAACACCUAUAAACUAUGCAGUAAAAAUUCUUCUGCUUGCUUUGUUGCUUCGUGUAUAUGACUAUAGCGAGUAUAUCCACCCCACCAUCAUGCUGGUUCUGUAUUCUUUUCACAUUUACUUUGUUUUAGAGAUUAUCCUGGCUAUGGUGGCAGCCCUGGCUCGACUGCUGUUGGGUCUUGAGCUGGAGCAACAGUUCAAUGAACCGUAUCUCUCCACCUCACUGCAAGAUUUCUGGGGCAGAAGAUGGAACAUAAUGGUAACUAAUAUUCUACGACCGACAGUAUACGAACCCGUUCUCAACAUAUGUGUUCGUUUCGUUGGUCGUAAAUGGGCUCCAAUUCCCGCAGUUUUCGGGACUUUUCUCGUGUCGGCCCUCAUGCACGAGCUGAUUUUCUAUUACCUGGGACGCGUGAGGCCCACGUGGGAAAUCACGUGGUUCUUUCUUCUCCAUGGAGCGUGUUUGAUGACGGAGAUUGCUCUGAAGAAGGCGUUAGGGCAUAAGUGGGGUUUGCCCAGGGUGGUUGCUACUCCAUUGACCGUUGGAUUCGUCAUGCUUUCUGGCUUCUGGCUCUUCUUUCCGCAGCUUCUACGUUGUAGAGUUGAUGAAAGGGCGAUUGGAGAGUACGCUGCAAUGGGCGCGUUCCUUAAGAACUUUAGCGCGCUAAUUUUCAAUACUUUCCAGUUUCAACGCUAAACUGGUAGACGGCUUUUUUUUCUUUUAAUUAUUAAAAAUACAUUGUGGCAUGCAUUUUUUUUUUAAAUAUUUACUAAAAAAAUGUCGUCGGCAUGAAAUCGAUAUCAACUGAUUUAAUUUGAUCGCUCAGCAUAAACUAAAGGUGUUUUUUUAUGUACUCCAUGGCCAUGGAAGGUGUUGUUAUUGGUGCCUUUGACCACACUUCUCCACAUUUAAGUAUUUUUUAGAAUGGAACAGAAGCUAGGAUUUUGUAUUGCAAUAAUUAUUUUUUUAUUAACUUGAUUUGAAAAAUAAUUAUAAAUACCAAUAUUGUAUUAUUCAAGGUUUACGAGUCUAAUGACCACCAAUAAAAAUCAUAUAAAACUUAUGACAAAAGCCUCGUUUCAACAUUUGCGGCAUUUCUAUUAGAAAAUCACUUAGAAACAUAUUUUCAUAGAAAAUGAUUUCCCCAUAUUACCCAUUUUCUUGUGGCAUCAAUUAUUAUAUUGUUGGCAUUUACCCUUACUUUGUUUCUUUUUUUCUUUUUUUUAUUUUUUCUUUUGAAAAGGGUUCCCUUUGGUUGAAGAGAGUAGUUAUCACUACAAAAAUUUGACAUAUAAUGACACUUAAAAAAGCAUCAGUAAAAUCUUAAAAUCUGUCAAUAUAAUCCCAUAAAUCCUAUACAAUAGUCAAAAUGUAUAUUUCAACAAAUUUUUAACCGUUAAUAUAUUUUUUGUCGGUAUAGAUAUAUACUGAUAAUUUUUAAGAUGUCAAAAUAACUUAUAGAGAUAUACUUAUAGUUCAAGAUCGUUCGUAAAUGAAUAUCUGUUGGUAUAGUAUCUGUUGUGUGUUCUACCAUUAUAUUUUUUAGCAACGGUUAAUACCCGUUAGUAUAGACUUGUAUGUUUUAAUUUUUUUUUACUUAUACCGACAGUUAAUGGUCAUCA